AUGCGGAAGCUUCUACUCAUCACGAUUUUUAUCCUCGUGGUAAAAUCAUCAAUCACUGCAUCGGAAGGAGUACUUUGCCAGAUCGAUAAAGCUGGUUUCGAAAUUUGUGGACACUAUGAUACAAUAACAUUCGUAAAUUUAGUGGGCACCGUAUCUCAGCUCACAUUCAAUGUCAAAAAAUUGUCCGGAAUAGCUCCGAAUGCGUUUCAAAAUGUGAAUCUCACCAACUUCAAGCUGUCUCAUCCUGAUCCAGAGAAUUGCACUCCAAAAUCUGUGGAAUUGAAACCAACAUCAUUUGACGGCUUACGGAUAAAUGGUAGUCUAACGCUCCAGUGUGUAAACUUGAUAGUGCAACCUAAUACUUUCAAAAAUUUCAAAACGGUCAGUACUUUAAUGUUAGAAAAAGUAGACUUAUUUGGAAAUCCACAUGAUUUUUUCGCUGACUUUCAAUACCUCAAAGUGUUGAGAUUAUUCAACAUCAACAUCACAGCAAUUUCUCCUAGUGUAGUAUCUGGAAUCAGCGAAAAACUCGAGAGAUUCAUGAUGGAGGGUGGAAUACGUAGUAUUCAACCGAAAUCUUUUGAAAAAUUUCAUCAUCUGAAAUAUCUUGUACUCUGCAAAGGUGAUUUGACUGAUCUACAAUCUGACAUGUUUGAGGGUCUUGAACAAUUAUAUUACUUGGAUUUGGCGGAUAAUAACAUCACUGUUUUAUCUAACCAUACAUUCAGUAAACUGACGCAAUUGAGAGAACUCUAUUUGGAUAAUAACAGAAUCAGUGAAAUCCAAUCUGAAGCCUUUUCUGGCUUGAAUGUCCAUACGAUCGAUUUGCAGGAUAAUAACAUACAAGAUCUACCUGAUGGAGUUUUUGGAAAUCUACAGAAUUUGGAGACCUUAGACCUCAGGACUAAUAGAAUCAGAGCUGUGUCCUCCAAGGCUUUUCGAGGAUGCAUCAGCCUCCGAUCGUUGAAGUUGGAUUACAAUGAAAUAUCCCAUAUUGACCCCAGUGCCUUUUGGGGUUUAAAUCUCGAUGUUCUUGAUUUGAGUCACAAUAACUUAAAUGUUCUGGAACGGAACACGUUCAUUGGUCUCACUGUUGAUGAUUUAUUAGAUCUACGGUCCAACAAUAUCACAGAAAUUAAGCCACGAGCAUUCAUCAACUUGGUAGCUGGAAAGGUUUUACUUUGCGCCCACAAUAUGACUGUAGUUGAUAGAAAUACUUGGAGUGUGGAGGAUACAAUUGAGUACAUUGCCAUCGUCGACUGUUAG